GAAACCGACGCGCUUGGAAGUGCCUCGAAAUGGUUUGGCCUAGUUUUGAUUUCAAAGUGAAAGACGUUAAACAUCGAAGGCUUUGGUUGCUCGUUGCUGUGAUCAUUACUGUUUAUUGUUCAAAAUGUUUGAGUUAUCCUGUUUCGUCGUCGUCGUCGCCAGGACUCGCCGUGCCUGCACCAGAAAUAAUUAAGUUCAUGAAGAGAUUUGGAUAUUUGGAUUCAAGCUCAUCUGACUCAGAAGCAUUAUAUCACGAAGAAGCGAUCAAAGAUGCAGUUAAAAACCUUCAAAAGUUUGGUGCUUUGAACCAAACUGGCAUAUUAGACAAUGCUACUUUGCAGUUAAUGAUAUCACCCCGCUGUGGGGUCCCAGAUAUAGACCCACGUAGAAGUCGUAACAAGAGAUACAUUGUGGGAGCAAAACGCUGGCAGAAGAAAAAAAUUAAAUAUUUUAUAGCCAAUUGGUCUGCGAAAGUAGGGGAACAAAAAGUAGCCGAUGAUAUGGCUAAAGCCUUUAACAUUUGGUCGCAGUACAGCAAUUUGAAGUUCAAGCGAGUCUAUGACCCUGCAGCCGAUAUCAUAGUGGCAUUUGGUGCACAAUAUCACGGGGAUAAUUAUCCCUUUGAUGGACCAGGUAAUAUACUAGCCCAUGCUUUCUAUCCUUACGAAAUGGAUUCAUUUGGUGGGGACAUUCAUUUCGAUGAGGAUGAAAAUUGGAAGGAGAAUUCGACGGAUUUAGCGGAUGGCGUUGACUUUUUCGCAGUGGCUGUACAUGAAUUGGGACAUAGUUUGGGGCUGGCUCAUUCGCCUAUUUAUUCCUCAAUCAUGUUUCCUUAUUACAAAGGACCUAGGCAAACGAAUUUGGAUUUCGAUGAUAUUCUAGCUAUGUAUGAAUUGUAUAUUAAGGCUACGUUUGAUGAGGUAGACGACGAGGAAUCCGAUGAACAAAAUGGUGGUGACUCACACACAACAGAAAUGGUUGAUAUAGAACAAACAACUGUACACGCAACAACGCCUUCAAGUGAAAAUCGCUCUACCACUUUUGAAGGAGAUUUCGAAACAGUUGAUUCUCAUAAGCGUAAACAUGGUACUAUUACAACUGCUCGUCCAAGAACUACUAAACCAUCUUACCGGCCAACUGAGCCUACAAAGGCGACUCCCAUAAUACCAGAUAUUUGCGAAGGAUACUUGGACUCGGUAACAGCAUUCCGCGGAGAUAUUUUUAUAUUCAAGGGAAAAUAUAUUUGGAGGUUAACGGACAAACAUAGAAUUAUGGAAGGAUAUCCAAUCAAGUUGUGGGAUAUGUUCCCAUUUUUGCCGAAGCAUAUUGAACGGAUCAGCGCCUCAUAUGAGAAGCCUUUUGAUGACACUUUAGUUAUUUUUUCAGGAAAACAAUACUGGAUCUAUGACGGUUAUUCUUUGGUGGGCAAUACACCGAAACUAUUAACAAGCCUUGGAAUAGACGGCGCUAUCCAGGAAAUUGAUGCAGCAAUGUAUUGGCCAAAAAACAAACGAACGUAUCUAUUCGCCAAUAAAGUUUUCUGGAGAUAUAAUGAGGACUUGAGUGUGAUGGAACCAGAUUACCCGAAGAAUAUGACAAGAUGGAAUGGUUUGCCGUCUACAAUAGAUGCAGCUACAUCAAUUGGGAAUGCAACUUACUUUUUCAAAGGCAACAUUUACUGGCUCUACAAUAACAAAUGGAUACGCCCUGAAAGAGGAUUCCCACGACGUAUGUCUCACGAUUGGCUUGGUUGCCCGCUGACACAAAGGCAACGAAUAAGACAAUUCAGAUUUCGCACAAGACAUUAGUUAGUUUAUUUCACUUCGUUUUAUGUUUAUGUUUACUACUUCUAUGUACAAUCUCAGUAUUCAAUAAAAAUCUUACAUAGUAUUGACAGAAAAAAUAAAGUACACCUAAGGCACAA